GCUCUGCCUCACUCCUGCUGAGGCACCGCCAGAGUUUGGUCCGGGCCAUGGUGCGCCUGAGGGACGGCUGUAGGAGGAGCGCGCACAAGACAUGGAGACGUUUCACUGAGACAAACACUCAGAUGAGAGCUCAAUAACAGGAACCUGGGACUUCCACUGAACUCCAAAAGGGAACACUGUCAGUUUACGCGGCAGAAAUGUCCACUACUCCGGCUCGUACGUUUCCUGCCCCACAGCUGAACUCGGAGCCGCUCAUAGUGGUGUUUGCAUCUGUUUUUGCCCUCGUGUCCUUCGUGGUCAUCGUGGUCAUGCUGUCCAUUAUUUACCGCAAAUAUCCCCACUGCUGCAGGCUGUGCUCCUAUCAGUCCCAGCACACUGAUAUGGCCUCUCCACAUCAGUACUACAGCAGCAGGCAGACGCAGGUGGGCUCUCCCCAUGAACAGACAUGCAGACCAGACAACAGCAUGCAGUCCGGUCAGCUGUUCUACGUGGGCCGGCCCUCCAGCUACCACCUGGAGACCCCCAUGCCCCGACUGCCCUCCUAUGAGAGUGUGAGGAAGAAGGACCGCCAGAGACACAUCCACAUGAUGAUCGCAGACCGCUUUGGCCUCAACGGGACUAUGAGAGAGCCUCCUCCGUCCUAUGAGGAAAGUAUUCUGCAUUCUGUGGAGAUCCCAUACAACAUGAGCUCAUCGAGUUUGGACAUGACAGAUUCACACAUGAGUUACACAAACGGGGGAUACGACCAUCAAAACUGCAAUCCCCCAGCGCCCGACGGCAACACGGACAAUUGUUUUACCCCCCGAAGCCUACAAAUGUGAAGAACCGAGCCAAAGAAGAACCAAAGACAGGACUGAACUGUUUAAAAUAUGAACUGAAUACUUGAAGAUACUUUUAGAAGUGACUGAAGGAGUGGAACAUUUUAAAAACUGAAAAACUAAACUGGGGUUACAGUGGCACAGUGGGUAAAGAGGUCAGCCACCAAACCAGAGGGUAACUGGUUCAAACCUCAACCAUACUGUUCAUUGUGUCAAAGACCAUAGAUUGUAUAAAUGGACAUACCGUAUUUUCCACACUAAAGGGCGCUCUGGAUUAUAAGGCACACUGUCAUUGAAUGGUCUAUUUUCAAAAUGUUUUCACAAAUAAACCGGACUUUAAGGCGCAUUAAAUGAAACACAACAGUUGGAUGGGUCAGUGAGACUUUGUUUGUGGCGUUCACAGUGACUCUGGGCUUUGUUCAGUUGUGGCGUGUAGGGAGGGUGCUGUCUGGGACCGCUGGAUUGUCGGCGUGUUCGCAGUGACUCAGUUGUUCAGUCGUGUCUAGAAGUGGCACAUUGCACUCACUUUUUCGGUUCGUUCGUCCGUUCCGUUCCUCGUCGGCGUGGAGUGAUGAGUGUGGCUGCGGGAGUUUUUCGCCGCGCGGUCGCUGUCUGCUCCGUGUGUGUUUGCGUGCGCUGCGGGUGGUGCGGCUUUGUAGUUUACUGAAGCCGUGCUGGGACACCCGAGUGGAUUCAUGUAUAGGGCGCUUUUUUGAUGGGGUUGGAGUAGGGUGACCAAACGUCCGUUUUACCUCGGACAUAUCAGUUUUUUCGUCUUGUCCUGGGUGUCCGCGGUUUCAUAAAGUGAUGUAAAUGUCCGGGUUUUCAUGAUCUUUCAUUGGGCCAUUAAAUUGAACGUCUCUCGUAGCGCUCUGUACACUCAGAAGGAGCGAGCAAACACAACGGUCAGCCUGCAACACGCUGAAGCGCAAAUGCACAUUUAACGAUGACUUGUAAAAGAAAUUCUCCGUUUUUUGUCCCAGUCGAGACAAGUGGGAGGCCAUGUGCACAAGUUGUGAGGUAAGAGUAGCUCAAUGUCGAGGGUUGUCCGGGUUUUCACAAAAGGAAAUAUGGUCACCCUAGUUUGGAGGCUUAUGAAUGUGCCCAAUAGUGCGGAAAAUACAGUAGCUAACCUGAUACAUGCCAUGUUCGAAAUAGGAAGUGAGCAUGGAUGUGCUUCUGGAUCCAUCGACUCUGGCUCCAAUUCACAUUCUAUUGAAAAAACGCCAUCCCUGUCUCUGUAACUGCUGCUGUCAGACUUGUUAUUUUGGUCUUAAAAUGUUCAUAUUAACCCUCUCUACAUGACCCAGUUUUUUUUUAUGUCACUAUUUUGUCUAUAAUCAAGACAUGAACAUUAAUACCAGACAAAUCAGGUGCGUUUUUUCCCUUAGAUUGUUCCCAGUAGCUACAGGUUUGACUGACACUGUUGCGAACCGCUUCUCCCUGCUACCUUCAACAGCCCCACUCCGAAUUGCUCUUUGGUUGCUAUGAUACUCACGGUCGGAAUUCCAAAUAUGGAAUGUGGCUCCAAAUUCACCCCAUAACUGCCAGCAUCAGGGGUGUAGUGGGCGUGGUACACGGGGGUACGCCAUCCACCCACUUCUCCCAGUGUGAGAUAUAAAAAAAAUAACAAAUUUAAAAUAGCUACAACUUAAAAGUCAAACUGGGCAAUGGUGAAAACAAACUGCAUAGGCUCAUGAUAUCUGCAGGACUGUCCUAUAAUGACCUGAGACAUGAAGACCAGGACUGAUCCCAGGGCUGAACCAGAACUGAACCAGGACUGAGUAUUGGGAGAGGCCCAGAGGUGCACCCACGUAGACCAUCAGGUGACCGCAGGUGAAAAUACCGGCACAGAGUUCCGCACCCCACGAGGCUAAAUGGGGGGCUUUGUGGGCAUCCUGCUCCACAGGCUCGGGGUUCUUUCUCUCGCUCUCAAGUGCAAGAUUAGUCCUGGUUUAGACCUGGUAUAAUCCUGGUUUAAACCUGGUUUAGUCCUGGUUUAGACCUGAUUUAGUCCUAGUUUAGUCCUGGUUAAGUCCUAGUUUAGUCCUGGUCUACUCCUGGUUUAGUCCUGGUUUAGACCUGAUUUAGACCUGGUUUAGUCCAAGUUUAGUCCUGGUUUAGACAUGGUUUAGACCUGGUUCAGUCCUGGUAUAGUCCUAGUUUAGUCAUGGUUUAGUCCUCGUUUAGUUCUAGUCUAGUCCUGGUUUAGAUCUGGUUUAGAUCUGGUUUAGACCUGGUUUAGUCCUGGUUUAGUCCUGGUUCAAUCCUGGUUCAUGUGUUGUAGCCUAUGAUUUAUUUUUCUGUAGAUGAUUAUGAACGGCGUUAAUGUUAAUAACAUGAUUCUGAAUAAUUUUGGUCACAUCGAUGAAGUCACGAAUCAUGUACCUCCACGUAAAAAAUCACCACUACACCACUGGCAAGCAUCGAUGAGUUUCAUUUGACUGGAACUGAACACUAUGGGUGACGGGCCCAAUUCCUUAUACAGUCUGUGGUCAAGACACUGGAUUGUAGCCAUAUUGUGUCCUUAAGGAAGGGCAUCUGGCGUAAAAGACUUGGUGGGAAAACCCUGACUGAAUUAAGGGAUUCAAAGAGUCUUU